UCAUUCUCACGUGCUUUAACUAACGCACGUUACUUUGAUGGGAACAAUGGCGACAUUUUGUGCCACGAAAAAAGAGAAAGCCUUACAAAGGACUUUAUGGAGGCAGGCUUUUUCAAGUUUUGUUAGCAAGUUGAACUGUACAACACACAUGGAAGGCACGAGAUGUGCGAAUGACGCCACUCUUAACAGUUGGUGCUGCUGCUUGCAAAUAUUCACAAAUCUUGUGGAUAUUCAACGGCAUGUGUCUCGUUACCACUCAUCAGAAGUGACAUCUCUAAUUUCUCAGUUGGAAGAUGAACAUUCUGAAGACAGCACAAACGAGAUUAUUUCACGUGUAGAAACAAUAGACGCAGUCUUAGAGAUGACUGAUCAUGACAAAAUCAGAGAUUCGUUGAUGGAGAAAAUGUCUAUCUGGAAAAAUGAUGGAAAUGAAGUAUCUGGAUUUGUUGUGUUAUUCUACAAAUAUACCUCUAUUCCUGUGCCGCAAACAGUCGCUAGCUGGCAGAAAACACUUUGUGAAAGACUGAAUCUAACUGGCAAGGUUCGUGUUGCUUUGGAAGGCAUUAAUGCUACAGUUGGUGGUAGCAUGCAAGCUAUAAUUGAGUAUGUUAGUAAGGUGAUAUCACAUCCAUUCCCGCAUCAAAUCUCUCUGGAAGAUGUUAAGACCAGUCCAGGAGGAGCCGAGAGUUUUCCAUGUUUGAAAGUGUCUGUAUGCCGAGAGAUUGUGCCAAUUGGUCUCACAUCUUGUGCUUUCAGUUUUGCGAAUGUAGGAGAACGUCUUUCCCCAGACAAGUUCCAUGAGCAAGUUAGUAAGGCACGCGACUCACAACCAUCAGACGUUCUCUUACUUGAUUGUCGGAAUUAUUAUGAGAGCAGAAUUGGAAGAUUUGUGGGUGCUGUUGCUCCUGAUAUUCGCAAGUUUAGCUAUUUUCCUGAAUUUGUUGAGCAGAAUAGAGGCGUUUUUAAAGACAAGUGUGUGUACAUGUACUGCACUGGUGGCAUACGUUGUGAAAAAGCUUCAGCUUAUCUAAAAUCAAAAGGUGUAUGUAGAGAUGUCUUUCAGUUGUCUGGAGGCAUUCACAAGUACUUAGAGCAAUACCCUGAUGGGUUUUUUCAAGGCAAGCUGUAUGUAUUUGAUGAACGGAAGACUAUCUGUACAUCUGAUCAAAUUAUAAGCAAUUGCAAUUACUGCGGACGUGCUUGGGAUGAUUAUCAGCCAUGUGUGUCUCCAAAUUGUUUCCAGCUUGUUCUUUCGUGCUACAGUUGUCGAAGGCAUGGUCUCAUGUAUUGCUGCAAGUUCUGUGAGUCUGGUAGCACUGCGAUUAAGGAGCAGUGUUUAUGUACAGCUAGUCGACCUAGAAUACCACUAUUUUCUAAACAUAGGCCAGCUGCAAUUAAGUAAUUAAAAUUCGUGACGUAUGCGUACUUGUACGGUGUACAACUGGCGGACAUUGAAUGUUGGCUGGUUGCAUUUGAUUUCUAGUCGUAAGUCGUGCGUGUUGCGAUCACGCUGAUUUGCCUAAGAGUGAUGACAUUACCCUUUUCUCACCAUUCUUUGUGGAUCUAUUUGGUUGUCGCUGCCUUUGUUGCAGCACCAAUCACUCCUCCUAGGCCUACGAUCGCGACCACUUCAGAUUCUAGCAACUGUUCGGCUACCGCAACAUUCGUCGAACAAGAAAGAGCACCGUUCAGGUUCACGUUGGCUCAAGAUGUGGCGGAUGAAUAUAACCAGGGCGUGUUGGUACAACGUCUUGCUGAAACAUACUUUGCGCCAUCAACAAGCAAAUUGGGACUAGCUAUUUUGAGCGUAGACAACGGUGAAGGCACAUGGCAGUACAGACGCAACGAAUCGAGUGCUUGGACGUCAUUGCUAGACACUACAGUUUCAAUGCCAUCACCUUUUCCUUUUUCUACUAUGUUGAUUUCUCACACUGAAUAUAUUCGAUUUGUUCCUAACCCUGCUUAUUGCAAUAUUCCUCGAAUUGAUGCUGUUCAACCUAAGCUGACAUUUUUUUGGCGGGAUGAGAUCCAAAUGAAAAACAUACUGACAUCACAUGUAAGCGUGUUUGUUUUCUGCUUCAACCAUGUGGAAGCUUUUGAUGUUUCAUCGUCGGAAUUGACUGUGCAAUUUGCUGUUAAUCUAACCGAUGACAUUGCAGCUGGCUGGAUUGAGUAUGAAGCUUUAGUUCCUAAUUUACGUGUGGCACAAUCAUUUAUUGAAACAGUACAAGAUGCUCUUAACUCAGUAAUUGGAGGCAUUAUGUCACACAAGAUG